AUGGCUUCCCACGUCGCCCGCUCCGGCAUCACCACCGAUGCCAAAACCGGCGAACGCUACAUUCCCGCCUCGGUGCGCGCCGACGGCUCCAAACGCAAGGAGAUUCGCGUCAAGCCAGGCUACAGGCCCCCAGAGGAUGUAGAGCUCUACAAGACUGGCGCAGCGGCCGCCUGGAAAAGCCGCGGAAAAGGCGGGGUGCCAGGUGCUGAACCAUUGAGCACCGGUGCAGAGAAGACCAACACCACAAACACCGCAGCCAGCAACAAAAACGCCAAGCGCCGCGAGGCCAAGCGUCAGACCAAGGAGGUCGAUCAGACCAGCCCCGCCGAGACCAAGGGCGUCGAGUCCAACAAUUGGCGUGCCCCGGCACCACCCAAGAAGGAAGAAAAGCCCGCCGAGGAACCCGUUGACGCGGAGGUUGAGAAGGAGAAGAAGGCCCGCAACCUUAAGAAGAAGCUCCGACAGGCUCGCGAUCUCCGCAUCAAAAAGCAGCAGGGCGAGGCACUCUUGCCCGAGCAGCUUGAGAAGGUCAUCAAAAUCCAGGAACUGGUGCGCCAGUUGGAUAUGCUUGGCUUUGACUCCAACGGUGAUAAGAAGACCGACGAUCAAUAA